CAGCAUUUAGGGCAGGAAGGCUUUAGGGAAGGAAAGCAGAGCAAAAGAAACUUGGAGGAUUUCAGAUUUAACUCACAACUCACCUCACAGCUCCAGAAAGCAGCCACAGUCUGAGAGGCAAAACUUUACUGCAGGCGGUUGUUUCCACUUCUCUCUGGGCUGUUCAGCUUGAGACGUCAGCUGGUUGGCAACACCUGGUUUUGUUAAGUUCUGACCCAGAGCCCUAGCUGACCCAUGAGGCUGGAAGCUGCAGCAAGGAUGGAUCUGUUUAGGAAGCUGUGGAGGGCGAGGAAGCUGAUCCUGGUCGUCUUCAUCCCACUGUCCCUGCUGCCGCUGCCACUGAUACACCCAACCAGCGAAGCAUGCUGUGCCUACGUACUGAUGGUGACAGCUGUCUACUGGGUGUCAGAAGCGGUUCCUCUGGGGGCUGCCGCCCUGGUACCGGCCUUCCUCUACCCUCUUUUUGGGGUGCUCAAGUCGAGUGAAGUAGCGGCCGAGUACUGCAAAGACACCACUCUCCUGCUGAUGGGAGUCAUCUGCCUGGCCGCGUCCAUAGAAAAGUGGAAUCUGCACAAGCGAAUCGCUUUGCGGAUGGUGAUGAUAGCAGGAGCCAAACCUGGCAUGUUGGUGCUGGGCUUCAUGUGCUGCACUGUAUUUCUGUCCAUGUGGCUCAGCAACACAUCCACCACAGCCAUGGUGAUGCCCAUCGCUGAGGCUGUCCUGCAACAGCUCAUCUGCACCGGCCUGGCCGACAGCCACGACGACUUGGACACCGCUGAGGCCACUGAGGAUGAAAGCGGUGAGUCGGACAAAGAGGAUAACCUGGAAAAGAACCAGUUGGAGCUCCUUUAUUGCAGCGACAGUAAUUGCACCAAGCAAGAACUAAAUGAGGUGCAGACGCUGGAAGUCAACGGUUCAGGUUUAAUUCAAAAGCCGACCCAGGACUUCAUCACACACACCAACGGUCACUUGCCACAGAUUGCCAUCGAGAUCCCAAAUGUGAAGCGGGUAAAGGCUCGGAGAGACUCCCAGUAUCCCACCAAGAGGGAUCACAUGAUCUGUAAAUGUCUGUCACUCAGCAUCACGUACGCUGCAACCAUCGGUGGCCUCAUCACCAUCACUGGCACGUCCACUAAUCUCAUCUUUGCAGAACAAUUCAACACACGUUAUCCAGAUGCCAAAGUGAUCAAUUUUGGAACAUGGUUCAUCUUCAGCUUCCCCAUCGCCAUCAUCAUGCUGGUGCUCACCUGGCUGUGGCUGCACUGCCUCUUCCUCGGCUGCAACUUCAGAGAAACCUGCUCGCUGAGUAAGAAACGAAAGACCAAGAAGGAAUUGAUGUCGGAGAAAAGGAUCCAGGAGGAGUACAUCAAACUGGGACCCAUAAGCUACCCAGAGGUUGUGACUGGCGUCUUCUUCAUUUUGAUGACUCUGCUGUGGUUCACCAGAGAACCAGGAUUUGUACCUGGCUGGACGUCUCUUUUUGAAAAGAAAGGCUACCGGACUGAUGCGACAGUCUCCGUUCUCCUGGGUUUCCUGCUCUUCCUCAUCCCAGCCCGACGACCGUUCUCCUCUUCCUCCUCCAGCAGCUGCAAAAUUUCAGAUUCCGAGUCAGACGCACUGGCUCCUAUGAUCACCUGGAAGGACUUCCAGAGACUGAUGCCAUGGGAGAUUGUCAUCCUGGUGGGAGGGGGCUACGCUCUGGCUGCAGGAUGCAAGGUGUCUGGCCUGUCUGUGUGGAUUGGCCGGCAGCUGGAGCCCAUGAGUGGGCUUCCUCCGUGGGCGGUCACCCUGCUGGCCUGCCUGCUGGUCUCGGCGGUCACAGAGUUCGCCUCCAACCCGGCAACUCUCACCGUCUUCCUGCCCAUCCUGUCAGCACUGUCAGAGACGCUGCACAUCAACCCUCUCCACACUCUGAUUCCCUCCACCAUGUGUGUGUCAUUUGGGGUUAUGCUUCCAGUGGGGAACCCCCCCAACGCCAUCGUCUUCAGUUACGGUCACGUGCAAAUCAGCGACAUGGUGAAGGCAGGCUUUGGCGUGAACCUCAUUGGCGUGGCAGUUGUCAUGCUGGCCAUCACCACAUGGGGCGUCCCUCUCUUCAACCUGACAGAAUUCCCAGACUGGGCAGUGUCUCGGAACGUAACCGGUAUUUUAUAACCAUUGGAAGUGAAACCAUGGAGACAAGAUGGGAACAUUCACUGAAGGACUGACGGUAGUUUUAACUAAUGCAGUGAGGAGGAGGUGGCCAUUGUCAGAUGGAUGGGGUCGGACCAAAUUUCAGCAGACGGUAAUAUUUCAAUGUAUUUUCAGACCCAACAACAACAACAGUUUUGGUUUUCUACACUUGUAUUAAGAUGUAUUUGUUACAUAUUUAAUUUUCUUACAGUUCCAACAUAAUUGCUGGUCGGGGAAGCUAGUCCUUAGUCCGUUCAAAUAUAAUAUCCGUCAUCACAAUAUCAGUUCAUCCAUAUUAAAAACACCUGAACUCCCUUGCGGUGCUCUGAACUUCAGUUGUUCUGCACACCGUGUACAUUUCUAACAGCCUGCUACACCACAAUCAAACGUCACAGCGUCAGCACCUAUGUGUCAACUACGUAUCCCAGUAAGUAACUUUGAUACACAUAAUAUCUACAAAACACAUCCACGAUAGCUUCAAGGGUAACUUCACCAGUAAUGACGAGGGCUACAGUAACAUUUUAACAUGUAAAAGCAAACAACAACAACUCAAGUAAUUCAACUCUCACCGACAACACUUAAAUAAGUCAUUGCCAAAAACCAUAUUUAGGAUUUUGGAUCACUUCAGAGGUGUUGUUUUCUUUGCCAGACUACAUUACACUCUUGGUUCUAACUGACACCCAUGUGAGGCAGACAACAAUGACAACAAUGUAGCAGUCAUGCAAUAUUGUCAUCAAACCUGCUGGCAGGUUCAAGUGCUAAAACCGACUUUACUUUAGCGUCUGUUUGAUACAACUGAAGGUUAUAUUUUGACCAGGAAAAUAAAAACUCUAGGUAUUUUACCAGGAUUUCUGCUGGGGUUGUUCAUCUGGGAGUUUGGGCUCAUCAGAGCACCAAAGAGUGCGGUAAAAAAAGAACUUUUUCAACAAAGGGUCUGAAUGGAGGAGUAGUCUCAUCAAUCAUCUGUAAAAUCACAAAGUUGUGUUUCUAUUUUUACAACUUUUUUAUAUAUAUAUAACACUGUGGUUCAUGUGUAGGUCUUAGCUCAGACACAAAUCAAGGUUAUAUUUUGUAAUUUGUUGGUUCAUCUCAGCGUUGCAGCAGCUGUGGUGACAACAUAUGUGUGUGUACAUAUUUAAAGAUUUGUAAAAUAAAACAUGCCUUCAACUCUAAUAACCUGUAAUAUGACACAAUUUUUUUUUCACAUUCGUGUGAAACCGAAUAGCGACAAGCUGAAAACAAUAAACUUUUUA